AUGAGUACUCAGUCACAACAACAAAAGAAACCACAAUUUGAAGAUGAAGAAGAAGAUAAUGAGUUGCUACAUUCGGAUAGCGAGACAAUACCAUUCUCCUCACCAUUCGCGAAACAAUCGGCCGUUUUAGAGGAUGAAAAUGCAGAAUUUGUGUAUGCAGCCAAGGAUAAGGUCCAAAUAUUCGAUGUAGAGUCGGCCGGAAGUGGUGGCGCCGGGUCCAUGGUGGUGCCACCAUUCUCAUGGAAGAAACUCUGGCUCUUUACAGGGCCAGGGUUGCUCAUGAGCGUGGCAUUCUUGGACCCGGGCAACCUAGAAGGUGACCUACAAGCUGGAGCAAUUGCAGGGUACUCUCUGCUUUGGCUUUUGGUCUGGACAACCAUCAUGGGAGGGCUGCUUCAAGUCCUUUCAGCUCGGCUUGGGGUCGCCACAGGGCGCCACCUGGCCGAAUUGUGUAGGGAGGAGUAUUCCAAUUGGGCAAGGUAUGUUUUGUGGAUCAUGGCAGAGAUGGCAUUGAUUGCUGCUGAUAUUCAAGAAGUUAUUGGCAGUGCUAUUGCUCUCAAGAUCCUUAGCCAUGGGAUUUUACCAAUUUGGGCUGGUGUGGUUAUCACAGCCUUUGAUUGUUUCUUCUUUCUGUUUCUUGAGAACUAUGGAGUGAGGAAGUUGGAAGGUGUUUUUGCAGUUUUCAUUGGAACCAUGGCAUUUUCCUUUGCAUGGAUGUUCUUUGAUACAAAGCCUAGUGAAGAAGAACUUAUCAAGGGCAUUUUGAUCCCAAGAGUUAACUCAAAAACUCUUCGCCAAGCUGUGGAACUCAUUGGGUGUGUCAUAACCCCACACAAUGUCUUCCUCCACUCUGCAUUGGUGCAAUCUCGCGAAAUCGAUAUCCGGAACAAAGGCCAAGUUCAAGAGGCUCUAAACUACUACACAAUCGAGUCAUCUGUGGCGCUUUUCAUCACAUUGGUGAUCAACCUCUUUGUGAUAACAGUUUUUGCCAGAGUGUUCUAUGGAACAGAACAAGCCAAUGGAAUAGGACUAGUGAAUGCAGGGCAAUUCCUUCAAGAAAAGUAUGGAGGAGGUUUGUUUCCAAUUCUAUAUAUAUGGGGAAUUGGUUUGUUAGCAGCAGGACAAAGUAGCACAAUUACAGGAACAUAUGCAGGACAAUUCAUAACCGAAGGGUUUUUGAAGCUAAAUAUAAAGAAGUGGUUAAGAUCAUUGAUUACUAGAAGUUGUGCUAUUGUUCCAACUAUGAUAGCUGCUAUAGUUUUUAAUACAUCAGAGAGUUCAUUGGAUACUAUGAAUGAAUGGCUCAAUGUGGUUCAGUCAAUUCAGAUUCCUUUUGCACUCAUUCCACUUCUUACAUUGGUGUCUAAAGAAGAGGUCAUGGGAACUUUUAGAAUAGGCCCUGUUGUAGAGAGGGUUUCUUGGUGUGUGGCUGUACUAGUGAUAAUGGUGUAUGGAUACAUGUUGUUAGGGUUCUUCCUCUCUGAAGUGAAGGGAUUGCUGUUUGGUUUUCUUGUAUGCAUUGGCUUUGUAGCAUGGAUAUCAUUCAUUGCAUAUUUAGUUAAACAUGGUGGAGCCCUCUCUUCCAUCAUGGUUAGGCCCCCAACUUCAAGAGGCUUUACCCUAACCACUAACAAUUAA